UUUUUUUUUUUUUUUUUUUUUUUAUCAAUUUGGUGGUUUCUGAUGUUGAUCUGGGGAAGAAUUUGAGAGAGGAUUGGAGAUGGGUUUUGGUGGGUUUUUAUGGUUUCGGUUUUGUUAGGAGACUUUUGGUGAUACACAUUGCAGAGGAAGGAAAAGUGGGUUUCUGUUUUGUUCUUCGAUUUGAGACUUUCUCGGAAGGAGAUUAGAGAUGGGUUUCUUCAGUACUAUAUUUGGGUUUUUCGGCUUUGGUGUGGGAAUUACAAUUGGACUUGUAGUUGGCUAUUUUCUCUUCAUCUACUUCCAACCAACUGAUGUGAAGGAUCCCAUAAUUCGUCCGUUGGUGGAGCAAGACUCGGAAACCUUGCAGCGAUUGCUUCCUGAGAUACCUCUUUGGGUGAAAAAUCCAGAUUAUGAUCGUGUCGACUGGCUAAAUAAGUUCAUUGGAAUUAUGUGGCCUUAUUUGGACAAGGCCAUCUGCAAGACUGUAAAAACUAUUGCCAAGCCCAUUAUUGCUGAGCAAAUUCCAAAAUAUAAAAUCGAGUCAGUCGAAUUUGAAACACUUACAUUAGGCUCCCUACCGCCAACAUUUCAAGGUAUGAAGGUCUACACUACCGAUGAGAAGGAGUUAAUUAUGGAACCAUCCCUAAAAUUUGCAGCGAAUCCUAAUGUCACUGUUGCUGUUAAAGCAUUCGGAUUGAAAGCGACUGCGCAGGUGGUAGAUCUACAAAUCUUUGCCUCUCCACGUAUUACCCUGAAGCCAUUGGUUCCAAGCUUUCCUUGUUUUGCCAAAAUUUUGGUAUCACUCAUGGAUAAGCCACAUGUUGAUUUUGGACUGAAGUUAGUGGGGGCGGAUCUUAUGUCAAUUCCUGGUUUGUACAGAUUUGUCCAGGAGCUAAUCAAGGAUCAGGUUGCGAAUAUGUAUCUAUGGCCCAAAACACUAGAAGUGCCGAUUUUGGAUCCCACAAAAGCGAUGAAGAGGCCUGUCGGAAUUCUCCAUGUGAAGGUUCUACGGGCAAUGAAGCUGAAAAAGAAAGACCUUAUUGGGGCAUCAGAUCCAUAUGUUAAAAUGAAACUUACCGAGGAUAAGCUUCCAUCAAAGAAGACAACAGUGAAACAUAAAAACUUGAAUCCUGAAUGGAAUGAGGAAUUUAAUAUGGUCGUCAAAGACCCACAAUCUCAAAGUUUAGAGCUGAAUGUUUAUGAUUGGGAACAGGUUGGAAAACAUGACAAGAUGGGUUUGAAUGUUAUUCCUAUAAAAGAUCUUACUCCUGAUGAGACAAAAGUUAUGACUAUUAAUCUGCUUAAAAACAUGGACCUUAAUGAUGUUCAAAAUGAGAAGUCUCGUGGGCAGCUUGUUGUUGAAGUUACAUACAAACCUUUUAAAGACGAGGAUAUACCAAAAGAGUUUGAAGAUUCAAAUACAGUACAAAAGGCCCCUGAAGGAACACCAGCUGGUGGGGGUGUGCUUGUGAUUGUAGUUCAUGAUGCUCAAGAUGUCGAAGGAAAGCACCACACAAAUCCUUAUGCAAGGAUCCUUUUUAGGGGGGAGGAGAGAAAAACUAAGCAUUUAAAGAAGAACAGAGAUCCAAGAUGGGAAGAAGAGUUUACAUUUACGCUAGUGGAACCACCAACUAAUGAUAAAUUGCACGUUGAAGUAAUCAGUGUCUCAUCGAGAAUGGGUUUACUUCAUCCCAAGGAAACUCUUGGCUAUGUCGACAUCAGCCUUGCUGAUGUUAUCAGCAACAAGAGAAUCAAUGAGAAAUAUCAUCUCAUUGAUUCGAGGAAUGGAAAAAUCCAAAUUGAGCUACAAUGGAGGACAUCUUCAUGAUGCUACUCUCUGCGACACAUUGGAGAGUUUGGUUGGGGAUUCGCUGACAUGGAAGACAUUUCAUUAGUUUUUCUUGUUACAGACUGAAUCAAAUUGUUUAUCCAUUCCAACAGUAGUAAUAAUAUCCAAAAUUGUCUUCCCUGUUAAAAGUUUGUAACCUCUGUUUAAAGGUUUGUAGGCUGUGUGAUUAUCUUC